AUGAAAAGACUUCGCCCUGAAAACUACACCGUGGGAUGGCUUUGCGCUCUCCCGACCGAGCUUGACGCGGCGACGAAAAUGUUUGAUGAGCGGCAUUGCGAUAUUCUACGAAAGCCCGAUGAUCCAAAUUUAUAUACGCUCGGUCGAAUUCACAACCACAAUGUUGUCAUCGUGUGUCUGCCUGCUGGCCAGACGGGUGCGAGUUCAGCCGCAGCGGUUAUGGGCCAGAUGAGGUGCCAGUUUACGUCAAUACAGCACACGUUCUUGGUCGGCGUUGGAGGCGGUGUUCCGGGCGACGAUGCGGCUGUAAGACUUGGAGAUGUGGUCAUUAGCCAGCCGCAUAUGGGACAUGGUGGUGUCGUUCAAUAUGAUUUCGGGAAGAGCACGCCGAGCGGAUUUAUACGUACUGGGUUCGUCAAUGCUCCGCCAACUAUCCUUUUAAAUGCUGUUAGCAAGCUACGAGCAAAUAUUCUGGAGCAUCAGGUCCACAUUUCAAAGAACUUGUCCACCCUCAGACGUUUACGUGAUAGCGCCGGACCCGAUAUCCUGUUCCAGUCAACUUACAAACAUGUUGGAGGGUCCAGCUGCGACAGUUGUGACAAAGAUCUGGUGAUACAUGGAGUGCCGCGAAGCAGUGAGGACAUUGUAAUCCAUUACGGUACUAUAGCCUCCGGUAACCAACUUAUACGAGAUGGGAUCACUAGAGAUACGCUCAGCUCGCAGCUUGGAGGUGUUCUUUGCUUUGAAAUGGAAGCGGCUGGAUUUAUGAGCAUAUUUCCAGGCCUUGUAAUUCGAGGCAUCUGCGACUACGCAGACUCUCACAAGAGCAAGAAGUGGCAGGCUUAUGCGGCAGCAACGGCAGCUAUAAUAGCGAAGGAGAUCCUUUCGAUUCUACCCAUAACUCAACUCGCCGCGGCCGAAGAAGCAGAUUUCGCACUUGACAAUCCGUUGCAAUUCUUGAAUCUUUCAAAAAGGCCAGAAUGGCACUUGGCCCAGGCAGGGACUUUAACUUAUAAUAUUUUUGAACACAUCUCUGAUUACGAGCCCAACCACACCUAUCGCAAUUACUUGCAUGACAAAUGCCCAGGGACUGCAAUGUGGAUACUAGGUGAUGAGGAAUUCUUAGCGUGGAGAAAGAAGACUUCUGCAUGUCUAUGGCUGUCCGGUAAAAUUGGCUCCGGCAAGACUUUUGUAACGACCACCGUUGUUAGCCAUCUGAUAGAAGCGUCUCAAAAGGGUGGCGAUUUUGUGGCCCAUUUUUUCUACAACCAUUCGAGCAAAUUCCGACUCAAAGCUAUUCAUUUAUUCGAAAGCUAUAUUAAACAGAUUCUUGGUUUCCUUGAAAAGACGGGACAUGUUUGCCCUCAAGAGUUGGUUUGUGCUGUGAAACGAUUUUACGGCCCAAACCGGUGCCAUCCCAGCUUUGCCGAGAUUAUAGAAAGGAUAUUCAUACCACUGGGCGAUUUCUUGACUCAGCUUACUCCAAGCUCAACAUACAUUGUGGAUGGACUGGACGAGUGUGAGUCCUGCGAGAGGCGACUGGUACUUGGUACCUUUCGGAACAUGGUGCAACAACGCGAUGCGCAAAGAGUUUUCAUCUCCGGACGGGAAGACCUCUAUGUGACAAACUUCAUAGAAGACUCUACGACCUUGCGCAUAUCAAAUAAGGACAACAAAGACGACAUUCGGGAGUUUAUUGAGUGGAAAGUUGAGGCAAAAUUGCGGGAACGACAACUCACAGAAAAUGAGUACGUCCUCCAGGACAUCAAGAGGAAACUAAAUGAAAAGGCUGAUCUCAUAAGGGUAUUAUGGGUGAGCAUGCAAAUAGACGCUCUCUGGGACGAGUGUUCUACGGAUGGCGAUAUUCAGACGGCUCUCGAAAAUCUCCCCAGGAGCCUGGAUGAGACUUACGCACGCUGCCUACAACGGAUAAAUAAGAGGCAAAGUCGCUUUGCCUGGACCAUCUUACGCUGGGUGGCCGCCGCAAUCACGCCAUUUCAAGUCGAUCAGCUGAGAGAGGGACUUGCGAUUAAUACCAACACAGGGUGCCUUGACAGAAACCAAAUUCCACCACGCCAAGAGAUUAUAAAAUGCUGUUGUAACUUAAUUACUUCAAACAACGGUCAAAUUCUCCUCACACAUCACUCGGUGCGACAAUUUUUAGAAACACGACUCCCUAGUGGCCAGUUCACCUGUGCUUCAUUCGAAUUAUACACUGCACAAUCAGAACUAGGCCCCUUGCCAUCCUGGACUCAUCGCUUUCUACCAAGGCCCAAACCUGCGACAAUAGUUCUUCCUAACAGAUCUUCGAAUCCUUCUUCUCCUUCUGACACGGAGGUACUGUCCUUCUUUCAAUAUGCAAAAGCCCACUGGGCACCACUUACUCGGCACAUCACUGAAGACUCUCCCAACUGGGACAAGUUUCGCGCGCUUGCCCUCGAGCCAAAUUUGUCAUGGAGGUUACAUCCUUGGCAGCCGUUAGGAGAAUCUCUGGAUUCUCACUACUCUGGCCUACUGGGAUGGGCAGUAGUAAAUCAUCACGUCCCUUUACUACAUAUUUUAUUAGGAUUGCGAGAUUUCAAGCCUAAAAAAGACAUAUUUAACGUACCCUUCUAUCACUAUGAUAGUCUUCCGGCGCUACAUUUAGCGUCGAUAACAGGUGAUGUUGAGAUUGUGAAACGACUACUUCAAGUAUGUGAUCUAAACAAGAGGGAUAACAAUCAUCGAACAAGUCUUCAUCACGCGGCAGAGAGAGGCCAUUCAGAUGUAAUACCGCUAUUAAUCCAGAAGCAAGGCGACUUAAAAGUUCGAGAUAGUAGAGGGCGCACGGCCUUGCACUUUGCGGCGGAAAACGGACAUGAAAGAGCGGUACAAGCACUAAUCGAUCAAGGGGCGGACGUCGACCAAAGGGACAAUAUGAGACAGACUGCGAUUUUUCUGGCAGCGCGAAACGGGCAUAAGAGAAUUAUUCAGACGCUAGUUGACCGAGGUGCUGACGUCAAUAUGCAAGAUAAAAAUAAAUGGACGCCGCUGUUUAUAGCUGCGGAUUACUUGCGGGACCAGACAGUCCGGACGCUUAUUGAGCUUGGCGCGGACAUCAACAUGAAAGAUGACGUCGGACGCAAAGCGCUUGAUAUUGCGGUGACUCGGGCGCUAGUGAAGCUGUCUGGGGACGUGGACUUGAAUCCCAUCACGAACCAGGCAAUAUUUCUGGCCGUACAGCAAGGGAACGAGGCGGUUCUGCGAGUGCUGCUUGCAUGCGGUGAAGCAGUCGACGGAAAGGAUUUUGAUGGAUGGACGCCGUUGAUGCGGGCGGCUGCCAGUGGUCAUGAGGCCGUGGCUAAGCUGCUGCUUGAGAAUGGUGCCAACAUCGAGGCUAAUGACAUGGAGUACGGUUGGACUCCGCUAUCCUGGGCUAUUGAGAGGGAGCAGGUGGCCAUGAUUAAAUUAUUACUUGAGAAUGGCGCCGAUAUCGAGGCCCGCCAUAGCGGCAGUCGUCGGACGCCGCUAUCAUGGGCUGUCGAGAAGGCGCAGGAAGCCAUUAUUAAAUUACUACUCGAGAAGGGCGCUAAAAUUGAUUCUGAAGACACGGAGUACAGCUACACGCCGUUAUUAUGGGCUGUCAAGAAGGGUCAAGAAGCUAUUAUUAACUUGCUACUCGAGAAGGGCGCUAAUGUCGAUGCGAAGGACCAGUUUGGCCGGACACCGCUAUCACGGGCAGCUCAGGAGGGGGACGAGGCUACGGCCAAGCUAUUACUUGAGAAGGGCGCCAAGAUUGAGGUGAAAGAUGAGUUUUGCCAGACACCUUUAUCGCAAGCUAUUAAGGCAGGUAAUAUGGCUAUGAUUGAGCUGCUUCUUGAAAAAGGCGCACAUGUUGAGGCUAAGGACUGGGAUAUCCAGAUGCCGUUCCCGUCUAAGGAGGGGCGUGAGGCCGUAGCCGAGCUGCUACUCAAGAAGGCCGCCGAUAUCAAGGCGAAGGACCGGCUUCACCAGACACUACUAUCACAGGCGGCUCAGGAGGGGGGCGCUGUUAUAACUAAGCUUUUACUUGAAAACGGCGCUGAUAUUGAGGUAAAGGAUGAGUUUCGCCAGACACCUUUAUCACGAGCUGCUACGGUGGGUAACCAAGCCGUAACCAAGUUGCUCCUCGAGAAAGGCGCACACAUUGAGACCAGGGACUGGGAUAACCGGACGCCGUUAUCAUGGGCAGCCGAGGGGGGGCAUGAGACCGUCACUGAGCUGCUGCUCGAGAAAGGUGCUAAUAUUGAGGCGAAGGAUGGGGAGUAUAACCAGACGCCGCUCUCCCUGGCCGCGAGGCAUGGGCAAGAGGCCGUAACUCAGCUGCUUCUCGAAAAGGGCGCCGACUUUGAGACUAAAGACACCCAGUAUAACCAGACACCAUUAUCGUGGGCGGCCAAGGAGGGACACGAGGCCGUGGCCAAGCUACUACUCGAGAAGGGAGCAUAUCUGCAAGCCAAGGACCAGAGUGGCCGGACGCCGUUAUCGUGGGCAGUCCAAGGGGGACACGAGGCAGUGGUAAGGCUACUGCUUGACAACGGUGCGGACGUCCAGGCUAGUGAUAAGAACGGGAGAACGCCAGUAUCGUGGGCCUAUAUAGGGGGACACCAGGCCAUUGUCAAGCUGCUGCAAUCUGCUGAUUCGGCCUGA